GCAUCACGCAUCGCUACGAUGUCAGGUAACGAUCAAGGAGCCGUGGUAAACUCUUCCACGCCGAACUUGGCCAUUACUUCCACUAUCUACGACGAAGAGCCCAUAUACUUAUGCCAGAAAUCAGAGAGCCUGAAAUUUGGGGCCACCGUUGUGCCCUUCUUCUACUAUACGGUCUUCGCUAUAAGUUUGCUGGGCAACGGCUUGAUCUUAUACCUGCUGUUGAGGUUUGAGAACAUAAAGACGGUGACCAACUUGUUCAUCUUCAACCUGGUGGUGUCGGACCUGCUGUUCACAGUAUCCCUCCCGUUCUGGGGCUACUACCACAGUGAUCAGUGGAUCUUUGGAGAUGGGCUGUGCAAGGUGGUCUCAUCCGUCUUCUACACCGGAUUCUACAGCUCCAUCUUGUUUCUGACCAUAAUGACGGUGGACAGGUACAUGGCCGUGGUGCACGCCAUUUACGCCGCCAGGACCAGGAAGCUGCUCUACGUCUAUGCCGCCAGCUCCACCAUCUGGAUCGUCAGCCUCUUCUCCACGGUUCCUAAAUUCUUCCUGUAUGGGACCAGGGAUGACGCCUUCGCGGGAAUCCUGUGCGAGGAGACGGGCUACGGCUUGGACAAGAUCAAACAUUGGAAAGAAGUUGGAUACUACCAGCAGCUGAUCAUGUUCUUCCUGAUCCCGCUGGCGGUGAUUCUCUACUGCUACGCCAUGAUCGUGGUUAAGCUGCAGCACACCAAAAUGCACAACAAGGACAAGGCCAUGAAGCUGAUAUUCGUCAUCGUGUUCGCCUUUUUCCUGUGCUGGACCCCGUAUAAUAUAGUCAUUUUCAUGAAGGCCAAGCAACUGGCUCGGGACACGCUGGACGAAGACUGCGACAGUUCGAUCGAGUACGCCUUCUACAUCUGCCGCAACAUCGCCUACUUCCAUUGCUGCAUCAACCCCUUUUUCUAUACGUUUGUUGGGACCAAAUUCCGCACACAUUUAUCGUCUUUUGUUGGGAAGUGGAUCAUGUGCGGAUCGCGGUACAGACAUUCCAGCUGGAGCAGCCGGACCAGCGAAUACUCCCCACAAACGACUUAUGAAUGAGUUCUGCUGAUGCUUCCCAGUGGCCAAUAAUUACUUAUGGAAGAUGGGGUGGGUGAGAUGCAUCAAGCCUUGGAGAGAGAUAAAGUGGAGAAGUUGCACAAAGCAAAGCAAUCAGCGUCUGUCAUUUAUCUAGCACCGUCGAUGAAAUGAAAAACAAUAAUUCGAUGCUUUGGGCAAAUAUUUAUCGCUCUCCAAGGCUUGAUACACCUACCCCAGGGAGAUGGAAAGAGAAGGGAGAGAGGAGGAGAGAUAUUAGGUAUCAUGCUUACUAUAACUAGCAAUGAAUCACAUUUACAUGAUGACGGUCCUACAGUACUGUAACAUAUACGUUUUAGCAUUUUAUUUUAUUGUAAUGAUUGACAGCUGUCAGCUGUAUGAUGAGAGUGAUGAUUGACAGCUGUCAGGUGUGUUAGUUGCAUAUAUGGAACAAAACUAUUUUAUGGGUAAAUGACACAUUUUUUUCCCCGUCUGCAUUUCAUUUGUAAUCUUCAUUUAGCAGAAUAUUCUAUUUUAUAGUGAGUGAUGAUGAUAAUAUUUCGGUGUCAGUUACAUGUUUGAGUGACGGCACUUAUAUGGCAGCGAUGUAACAUGAGACAUUGGCGGCAUCACACGUGAUAUAUGACUACGGUGCUAAUCAUGUUUAUUGUGACACCGGCGAGUGCUGAGAUAAACGCUGCGUAUACACUCUGAUUUGUGCACGUAGUAUUAUGUGCUGUAUGUGUAUUAUUUCAUUUACUGUAUGUUUGCUUAAAAAAAAAAAUAGAUUUCUAGAUGAAGAGAAAAGCGCAGCCUG